AUGUUUUCUCCUGAAGAGCAACAAAUUGGAAUAUGUCUUUUAAAAUCUAAUUUAGAAGAAAUAGAACACGACUUAAUAGCACAACGUUCCGCAAUACCUACCUUGGAUGCUGAAAAUGAACAAAAGUAUCGUGAAACUAUGGCUGCUCUUCGUGUAGCUCGUUCUUAUAACGUCGAAAUUGAGCGUCUGAAAUUUGAGAACGUGAAGCUUACUGCUAAACGUAUGCAACUAAAGAGACAAUGUGAAGAGAUAACAGAUGCUCUUGAGAAUGCGCGUAGCACACGUAUAGAAUUGGACAUUUCAUUAAAAAGAGAAGUACAAGAAAUGGAAUUAGAAAUGUACGUCAAAUCAAACUUUAUUACUUAUUUAAGGUUCUACGAU